CUAUUUUCAGCAUCGUAGCUCUGUUUCGUUGCAUACCUACCAGUCACCUGCCGACUGAUCGCACCAGCACUACACCCUGCUAACGCUCCAAAAAUGAAGAUUGAGAGCAGUCUGCCUUGCCCUCAGCUCCCUGAGUCACCCCCUCAGACAGGGCUGCAGUUUUCUGUGGCAACCGAGGAGGACUUUGAUGACAUCAUGGCCAUGAGUCAGGACAUCUAUGGUGGCCUCGACUACCUCCCUACCCGCUACCAGGCCUGGCUGCAGGAGACUAAUCGCACAGUCAUCCUGGCCAGGAAACAAGGAAAAGUGAUUGCCUUGGAGUCUGUGUGUGUGAUCGAUGAUGGUGAAACAGUGUUGGUAGAGGGGCUACGGGUCGCCCCACAGGAGCGUGGCAAAGGUGUGGCCGGCGUCCUCCUCCGGUUCUGUUCACAGCUGGUCAAAUCCAAAUUCCCUGAUGUAAAAGUGACCCGCCUGACCCGUGAUGAUAAGCUGGGGCCCAAGGACUUCCAGAAGUAUCGGAUCAUCACCAAACAGGGAAUCCUCUUGGUUCGAUUCCGAGCUGAAGAUGUCAAAUUGCGUCUGUCUGACCUUGGGCCUGAUGCGGGGCUCCCUCCAUCUCAGUCAUUGCCCCCGGUACGCCUGGACCCCACAGAGGUACACCAGCUCUUCCUAAACCCUGCACUGAUGCGGGAGGUCCUGCCCAAUGCUACCAUUGUCCAGGAUUGGCAGCCCUUCAAGCCUCUAUCUAGUAACAUGGCCAUCUUACAGAAGAAGGAUAUCGACUGGAUGGUGGACAAUGUCCGUGACCCAACUGUAGCCAGCCUCUGCACUUUUCCCUUCCGUGUGCCCAUUGGUGAUGAAUGGUACUACCUCAACAUUGACGUCUUUGGAAAAGAUCUGAACCUGGUACGCCAGCAAAUUGUGUCCCACCUGCGUCGCCACACCGAUGCACUGAAAGGCCAUGUUAUGUGCCAGAUGUUCCUUGAUCCACCACUCUGGAAGCCCCUGGCCGAUUUUUGCUGUGACACCCUGGGAGUGGAAUUAGUGAAGGAGUACACUGAGCAAUGUGUGGUGGAGUCUGAUCUGGUGUAAUGGGAGCAAGAACAAGCCAGAAGAACCCCAGUGACCCACCUUCACCCAGGAAAACAUCCCACUAAACUAUGAAAAGGUGUUUCAGCAUCCUGUUACCUGUAAAGUAUCUUCAGGAAAUAGCUAAACAUAUAACUAAAUUAUUGAUCAAACUUUAGCUCAAAAGAUGAAGACUGAUAAGAAUGGAACGAUUCAACUGAUAUUCAAGCUUCCUGAUAUUUUUUUACUUUUCCCACAGCAAUCACACAAACAAAUAAACAACAAAAAUAUAUUCAAAAUUAUUUUAAAUGCAGACUUAGGACAAGUAUUUAAGCUGAAUUAGACUCACACAGUUGUUAGCUGCUUUAGCCUAUAUGUACUACAGUAUACACUAGCUGGUGUGCAAAUAGGUCUGCACAACUAUUGAGGCACUUUAUAAUAAUUAAUUUGUGACCCUGAACUGUAAAAUUCAGAUAGGUCCGUCUAGUCAAUUACCAUUAGUACUGGCAGAAACAAUUUUAGCCAUUCUCUUUAAAUUAUGAAAUCUUAAAUGAAUGAAAUUGUAAUUAAUUACAAAGCACAAAAAUGUAACAAAUGAUCAAACAAUACCUUGUUCCUCUGUCAACUCAAAACUUUAAAAUAAGCUUGUUUUAGAAUUGAAGUACUUCUCUCACAACAUUUGGUUUAACUUCAAAUAUAAAAAAAAGGAAAACGUGCUUUCCCCAGUAAAAACAAAAGAUGCUCAUAAUGGCAUUUCAUCACCAGUUACCUACAAAGCUCAAUCUCAAUAGUUCAGUCAUUCAAAUGAGUAGAUCCCCUGUUUUGAGUCUUUAAACCAUUUUUCUACAGAGGGAAUGGUCGAGGUACCAGGGACUUAAAUAAAAAACACCAAUGACACCAAUAACUAAACUAAUAGCUUUUGUAACUCCGAUCAAUGAUUAAUCAGGUGUAUGUUUUCAAGUACAUUCAGUGAAGUCAAAUGCACAAAAUGAAAAUGUAAAGAAAAUCCACAAGAAGUUGCGAGAUGAGUCACAUGGCAGUUUCAGCUUUUGCGUGCUUGUUGUCACAGAUUGAUGUAUACAUGAUUUAUAAGUUCUACUGACUGGCCAGUUUGCUUCUAAUUUUUAAGGAGGCUUCCUAUUUGUUUAUUUUUGCAUUUAUUUUUUUCCAAUAUUUUUAUUUUUUAUUUAAUGUAUCUAUAUCUAAAGAAAUAAUAUAUUCGGUUCAAUAAACAUAAUUAGCAUUGAAAUCUACCCUGGUAGUUUGAAACCCUUCCUUAUUCUAAUUUAUUUUUGAGUAAUAUUUAAUCUAAUUAUGUUUUAAGUAUAUUUUAUUAGUAUAAUCAUAGUGUUCAUCCUUACUCAUUUGUUUUUUUAUUUCUUUUAAAAGAUUUUCCAAAACUUUACUAAUACCUUUUGAAAUAAAUAAACCUCCAAAUGAGCCCAAAAACAACACAAAACACUAAUUAUUAGUCUAUAUAAAUAACUGAUGCAUAAUAAAAUAAUAUAUACUAAUAAUAUAAAAAUGCUGUUAAUAUCUUUUAUCAGAAAUCCUUUCAUUCUGAAACGUACAGGCAGCCUGUUAAAUUACACUUGUCAACUAAAGAAAGUUAGCACCAGGGACUAGGAUGAUGUCAGAACAUGUUUUCCUUUCAGACCAGUUCCCUUUAGUGUUCUCACAAUAUAUUUGUGUAGUUCCUAUGCCCUCACGCAAAUAAGAGGACACCUACAAUUUGAACAUUUAAUUAAUCAUUAUUUAUACCUAGUCAUGUUAUGUUUAUAGCUGUUUUCUCCCUGUGCUUUUGUCUUCUACACAAAAAAAACAAAGAUAUGGUCUACCUAAUAAAGUGGCGACUGGGUGUAUGUGCUGA